GCCAACCACAUUUUUUCACUUAUUUCAUUAUGCAUUAUGCAUAACGUCAAUAAUUCGUUUGAACCACACCAAAUUAUCGCCCAUAUUGAAUAUUAACUUCACAGUCACACUUAACUGCGUCUGUCAAAAUUAUUUAGUAUAAAUCAAUAUUAAACACGUCAAAUUAAGAACAGUAAAAUUAACAUGUCACCUCAUUUUAAUUUACUUCACAUUGUCACUUAAAUUAAAAAAUAUAUUUUAUAAACAAUUUUAUAUUCACGAUUCAAACAAAAUGUCAAAAAAAGUGUAAAAAUUCUUAAAUUUGUAAUCUGUACACAUAUCAGUGUGUAAAAGGCACGUACUGUAUAUCGGCAUACAUUGUUCUGGCCCGUAUUUAUCACAAAUGUGAUAUUUAUAUCGACUUUUUUUUAUAACUGAUAACAACAUUAACAAAUAAAACGAAUGAAUGUGGGCUCAGUUUUAUGCACUGCAUAAUUUAUUAGAACUUUAUUCAAUUUUUUUUUUAAACGUCACCUAUGUGCUAUUACCAUACAGACAGUAGACAGACUGAAAAUAAUGACCGAAUACUUGUGCAAAUUCUGAAAAGUCGAAUCGUCAUGCAACAAAAAAUGCAAUCAGAAAGCAUACCGCUCAAUGUUUUUGUCAUAAAGAUCUGCUAUGGAGAGGAUCGGGCGUAGUCUUAUACGCAUAAUGUGAAAGAAUGCAAUGGGCAAAAACUGGGAUCGUUCAAAGAAAAGCCAGAUUGAAUCACGUUUUCAGCAGAAGAUGUCAUUUUCUAAUCUGCCACGUCGAGACGCUGCUGAGCAAACUUUUAUCCAGCGAAGAAGACCGACAAAGAAGACAGCGGAGUUCCACUCCGAUUGUCUGUUGACGUUUCUGUGAAGCAGAAAUCAUGUUUAAAAAGGGAACGGCGAUGCUUACGUCCCGUUAGCUGCGCGGGGAAGUGUUUGUCUAAUACACCGUUGUCGCUUUUGUCUGAAUGUGGUAUGUUUGUGUGGUAUUGGUAGGUAAGCUAGUUUGCAGCUUCUCUGCACUCGGCUGCUCAACAUCCACACACUGUCUGACCUGAGAUCAGCAUCGCUUGUUUCCUGUCCACACUUGGUGUACACGAUUCCAGGCUCUCACUCGAAGGCAAAGGAUGGGAAGUCUUGGCAGCAGGUUACAGUCGUCCACUCGUGGACUGGAAGAGGCAGAAGAAGGCACAAGUACCAGCCGCAGACAUGCGUGUGAGUGUAGGAAGAGGAAACGAAAUGCACAGUGUGACUGCGAGAGCGAACAAGAAGAAGACGAUGCAAUUCUGGACACACCACGCAGGAAAAAGUUAAAAAGCACUUCAAAAUACAUUUAUCAAACUUUAUUCCUAAACGGAGAAAACAGUGACAUUCGUAUCUGUGCGCUGGGACAAGAGUGGAAUCUUCAUAAAGUCUAUCUCUGCCAGUCUGGAUAUUUCUCCAGCAUGUUCAGCGGAUCCUGGAAGGAAUCCAACAUGAUGGAGAUCAACUUAGAAAUCCCCGACCAGAAUAUUGACACUGAAGCCUUGCAGGUGGUGUUUGGAUCCUUGUACCGUGACGAUGUUCUGAUCAAGCCCAGCAGGGUUGUCAGUAUUCUGGCUGCAGCCUGUAUGCUACAGUUGGACGGCUUGAUCCAGCAGUGCGGCGAGACCAUGAAGGAGAACAUUGGUGUGAAAACUGUUUGUGGCUACUACGCCUGCGCUUAUAUGUACGGCUUGGACUCCGUGUUGAAAAAGUGCCUCGAGUGGCUUCUCAACAACUUGAUGACUCACCAAAACAUUGACUUGAUGAAAGAACUGGGGCCCGAACUGAUGGAACAGCUUAUCCACUCAUCAGACCUGUUUGUCAUGCAGGUGGAAAUGGACGUUUACACAGCGCUCAAAAAAUGGAUGUUCCUGCAGCUCAAUCCGACGUGGGACGGACCUAUCAAGCAGCUUCUGGUGGAUGCUGAUGCCUGGUUCUGCAAGCGCAGAUCUGACCAGUGUGAGAAAGAGCCGUUCCUGAACACGGAGGAGGGUGCAGCUUUCUGCUCAGUCUUUAAACACGUUCGCCUUCAGUACAUCAUCAACGAUCUGGCGUCUGCACGCAUCCUGGAGAGAGACAACAUUCUGCCGCCUGACUGGUUGACUGUGGUCUACAAAAGUCAGUGGUUUGCAAUGCUGCGGACAGAAUUUGACAACGAUAACGGUCCUCAGGAAGCAAACAAGGAUGAGUUUGAGCUGAACAGCAUGAGAUGUGGCAGAAAACUGACCAAAGAUGGAGACGUUGCGUCUGGCCUCAUUCGACAGUCGAGGGAAACUAGUCUGCAGUCGCUCCACUGGUUACCAGCUCCUCACCUUGGAAAAAGACCAGGAAUACGUGGUGAUGAACCUGGACAGCCGUUUGUUGUCAUUCCCGCUGUACGUGUGCUGCAACUUCCUGUACACGUCCCCUCAUUUGGACCAAAGAUCGGACUCUCCAGACGAGAGCAGCUCUCGCAUCGUGUCGUGAUGGGGACGGCGGCGUCUGUUGAUGGACGGCAACGGCGGCUGGUCUCCACUCUGACCUCACAUCACUGAUCAUCAACUUUGUGGAUCUCAUCCUGAUCUCUGUUCUUGUUGAUGUAAACAUGUUUACGCAGAGCAGCUGCUAUUUUAUCGUGGACCUUCUGAACCUCAGAACUUCUCACUUAAUGUAAAUACAAGUUAUCUGCGUGAUGUUUUUCCAUUGAGACCUCAUGCCUGGACUUGGUUUCGGCGUCUGGGUUCUUAAAGCAACUCAGAAUGAAAUCUGUUGCUCUCAUCUCGACGUUACAGCAUCAUUAAACAGUUGCGUUUA